AUGUUUUGGCGGAAAUUCUCGAGCGUUGCUCGGGUAGGACUACGUUCUCUAUCUAGAGUGGUUCAAAGAAAAGAUGAACUUCGAUUUGCUGCAAUUUUAGGUGGACAUUUGCGUUAUUUCAGUAGUGAAUCAGCUACAAACAACGCAUCAACUCAGAGACUUUGGAGCGAUAUCGGAGGCGACGAUGUUUCUUCGAAUCCUUUUGAUGAUUUAGGUGCGUGGCAUGAUGCUGAAGCCAAAUCGUUUCUUCAUAACGUUUCAGUGGAUACUGUUGGCAAAAGCACGUCUAUAGGCUAUAGAACAGCAAAUGAAGAUAACUUUCAACUAGUAGAACUUGAACCAGAUUUGGACUAUUUUGCGGUUUUUGAUGGUCAUGGCGGGUCGCUCGCUGUGGAUUUCGUCAGCGAACAUCUUCAUGGUUGUGUCAGACAUUAUUACAGCUACGAUAAAGACAUGGAAAAGGUACUAAUCAAAGCUUUUACCAAAUGCAACGAGGAUUUGGAAAAGUACUGUCACUGGCUAACCGAAAGAGGUAAGAUUUUAAUUGAAACUAAGCUUUUAACAGUGAUAAACAACUGAAGGGUUGAAUUGUCAGUAAAUCGAAACUGUCUAUACGCGAAACAAUAAAUCUGUGAUAUUUCUCAAUUUUUUUAUCGUUGACUGACUUCGAAAACUAUGAAUACUUCUUAGCUAAGUGUCUGUUCCCUUUGCGUACAUCCUGACCUUGACUGUUUAUUCUUCCUCCGAGGAAAUGAUAAUUCAUCACACGCGUGCGUCUCAGAAUGUUUUGAAAGUUGACACUAUGAAAAACCUGGAUCGAGCCAGUCGAUCGAGCACGUGCAUAUCGUGUCAAACUCUUGAAACCAUCAACAGGCUCUUACCACAUCCACUCAAGGAAAUUUAAUGUGAAAGUUCUGUAUGUUGAUGAACGUCAGAAAUUUUUCCCAAAUUUCAUGUGACAAAUGAAGCGGAAAAACUGGCGCUCCAAUUUUAUGUCGCAAUAUUUUGUAUGACAGAACCUCGCGAAGUUCCUGAGUACAGAAUAAAAGGAAAAGAGCCAUAUCCCCGCGAGAUAAUAUUAUUCUCACAUGUCAUAGUUGUUUGUCUGCAUGACUCACCACAUAAGUUAUUUCAGAGUUUCCAGUUCUUAAUACAACUUUAUAGCAUUCUUGCUUUGUUGUUACGCAUGAAUUAGCAAUAUUAGAGUCUUCCGCUGUUUAUUGAGUGGGAACAUAGUUACUUUAAUGAAUUGGUCACGAUGACUCAAGAUGGUGACAGGGGAUGCAACAGGACUAACGUCAGUUGUCAUGUCCUAUACACAAAGACAGCAGAUUUGCAAUAAAAAAACUCAGGCACAUCAGGCCUUAGUUUGAACAAGGGACUGUUCAACAACAAUAAAAACUCCUGCAUUCUUUCCCAACUAAAAAUACUGUGCUUGGGAUGUUCAAGGGUUACAAACAGUCAAUUAUAUUGUCUAAUCUGCCACUAACAAAACUUACCUUAUUGUGGGACAUAAAUGCUCCAUGAAAUUAAGGCAUUGGAAAUUAAAGCGACUUACAUUGAUGUGAAUUUAAUAGAAAACAACUUUCAAAUAAAGAAAAUUAACGCAAAAAAGAGGGUAACAUUUCAAAAAUAUUAAAUUAACAGGGUGUUCACAAAGAACGAAAACUACUGUUGAGACAACAGAACAACGUUAAACCUACAUGUGUAUAAUUCAUAAUGGCAACUUUGUAUGUGGUACUUUCCAUAAACUUUCCUCAAACUCAUUAAUAAUUCAUAAAGAAAUACAAAGGAAAUAAUAUUUAAUGGGGGUUUGGAAAUCAGAUGAAAAACUGCUAUUUUUUGAAUCCUUAAUUUCUCUUUCUAAAAUCAUUUUGUUUGAGAAGUAAUAUAAAGCAUGCCGCACAGCUGUGUUUCAUCACUAGAUGAAACACUUCGAAGUUCGUCAGAAAUACUCCGCUGCGCGUCGUAUUUUCAACCCUCUUCUCAGUGUUUCAUCUGGUGAUGAAACACUUCAUCUCAUGCUUGAUAUAUUACUCAAAAUGGGGUCAAGUUAAAAAAAUCUUUAAUGGUUCUUCACCAUUUCACUGAUUCUGGUGAUCAAAAAUUAUCUCCAUCCUGAGGUAAAAUACUCCUCUUUCUUAGAUGGCAAGUAUUUCAAAUUGUAUAGAGAAUUUGGGGCCAAAAUAAUGCAAAUUAAUGUUGCACUUAAUAAAUGGCAUGUAAAUAUAAUAUUAACGUUUACUGAAAUUAAAAUGUGAAUUUUUGAAAUUUGCAUUAAUUAUUUCACAAAGCAUGAAUGGUAUUGUUAUACUCCAGUCAGUGAAUGGUAAUAAUAAUAAUAAUAGUAAUAAUAUAAUAAUAAUAAUAAUAAUAAUAAUAAUAAUAAUAAAACAUUUAGAUAAGUUUAUUGUGUUUUCUAAUUAGACAGUUUUUAAUUAUUGUUUUAGGUGACAGAGAAAAUGUACAGCACUGCGGUACAACAGCAACAGUAGCACUCCUACGAGAUGGCACAGAUCUAACUGUGGCCAGUGUUGGUGACAGUAGUGCUUUAAUUUGCCGACUGGGUGAUGCUGUUUCAUUAACAAAUGCUCACCACCCCACAAGAGAGGAUGAACUGCAAAGAAUAACAUCAUUAAAUGGCUGGAUUGAUUGGGGAUUUGAUGCAAUGGUUAAUGGAAAACUUGCUAUGACUCGCUCAAUUGGAGACUUUCAUCUAAAGCCUUAUGGUGUGAUAGCAACCCCGGAGAUAACACAGCUGAAGCUUAAUCAUCAAACUGAUUCUUUUAUUGUUCUACAUACUGAUGGCAUUUCACAUGUCAUGUCUGAUAAGGAGAUAACAGAAAUUGUACGGAACUGUCCUGAUGCUGAGUAUGCUGCAAAUGUACUAACAUCGUGUGCGCUGCAGUAUGGUUCAGAGGACAAUGUCACGGCGAUAGUUAUUCCCCUCAGAUUGUGGGGAAAGCAUCGCACACAGCAGAUUUCAAAGGAACUGAGCCUGUUAAAAAAUAUGCGAAUUAAAUAUAAUUAGCUAGUUUUAGACAGAAGUUUGUAUAUAGUUAGAGUAGAUCUCACUAGUGGGACAUGCAGGUAAGGAGGAGAUAAAGGUUUGUGGGUGGGGCUGUAAGUGGAGGGUUAUAAAGGAUGUGUUACCAAAAACAUUUAAUGGUUGAGGUUGUAUUAUAUUCUAUUCUUUGUCUAUUUAAGGGAUGUAUGUAAGAAUAUACAGUACUUAAAGUAGAGAGCAAUAAUAACUUCCAAAUGCAUGGUUUUUAUGUGAAUUUUGAAUGGGCAUAAAACAUGCCUCAGUCUGCACACUUAAUUGCUAUAAUAAGCUCACAAAAUAAUUUAUUAGUAAUUGCAGUGGAACAAGGGUGAAGUUUGGGUGGACAGUUCUGCAUAAAUCACACUGUACAGUAUUUUGUCAACUCAAGCCUUGGGUUCACUGAGGUGCUGAGAUUAAAAUCUUGGCAGGAAUGCAGGAGUUUAAGAAUGCAAAAAAGUUUGCCUAAGUAACUGUGUAGAUAAUAUCUUUUAUUGUAAUAUUAU